GCGAUCGUGAUUUCGGAACAUGAAAGUGAGAUGAAUGGUCGCGAUACGAGGACGAGGGCCUGAGGAGCGCUGGGCUUCCGGGACAGGACAAUCCACGAGGGCGAUUCGAAAUCCGCCGCCUCGUCUGUGCGCUCGUACGCGAUUGUUUCUCGGCGUUGUCGCGUACUCGCCGCGACAGUCAUCGCCGCCGCUGUCGCAGUCGUCGAUCCGUCGGAGUCGGACGGUCGCGGCGGAGUCGCGCCGAUGCGUCUUGCACUGCGCUUUCCUCGUGAGUGCUGGUGCUGCUGCUGCUGCUGCUGCAUCGGAAGCGGCGCGAUCUCGUCGUAGGGCGCGUUGUUACUCGCGCGUACUCCAGCCCGACUCGGAGCAACUCGAAGGACAAUAACGAAGCACGGAGCCGCCGCGUGCAUCUCGCCAGCGAUC